GCACAACCCCCCGUGGGGAGAAUUUCGCCUUCCCUGUCACCCCAUCCUGGGACAACCCCUGACUCACUCCACCAUCCUAUCUAUCCAUCUAUCUGAUGAAGGACAAAUACCGAUAAAAGUACUCUUUACACUGUAUCAAAACAAAGUAAAGUCAUCAUGCCAAUCCCCUGGCCACCCCUAUCCAUUCCCAAUGAAUUCGGCAUUGCCACCCUCUCCCUCGGUAACUGGAGACACCAUAAACUGCAGCCCCGACUAGAAGCAGCGGCUAAGGCGGGAUACAAAUGGAUUGAUCUAUUCGAUGAAUGCUGGGCGGCCUACCUUGAAGAACAUGGCUUACCGGGGGAUCGAUUAUGGGAACCAACGCAAGAUAACCUACGCAUUGCGCGGAAGCUAGGUCAUCUGGUAAAAUCCCUCGGAAUGCGGAUCGCGUGCACACAGCCACUUCGAAAGAUCGAGGGAAUCAAGGAUCCAGUUGAGCGACGGGCAUCGCUGGACUUAGUGGCGAAACGGUUCCCAUUCAUGCGCGCAUUCGAUACCGAUCUGGUAUUUAUGUGUUCCAAUAUCCGGACGGACAAUGGCGUGACCUCCGAUUUGAAGACGGUGGCCCGAGACUUGGCAGAGUUGGGUGACAUGGCCCGUGCUUUCGCCGAGGCAGACGGGGGACCGAUGCUGCGGAUUGGAUAUGAGGGGCUCUCAUGGGCGACGCGAAAUACAUGGGCGUCUACGUGGGAGGUAGUCCGGAUGGCGAACCGCAAGAAUGUCGGACUUAUCAUCGACGCUUUUAAUGUGCUGGCGGUGGAGUACGCCGAUCCGUAUAACCCAGCCGGUCAUGGACGGUUGUAUUCGUCGCCCGAGGAAUCGGUCGAUGUACUUUGUGCAUCGAUGGCCGGGCUGGUGGCGUCUGUUCCGGGAGACCGUAUCUUUUUCUUCCAGGUCGGUGAUGCCGAGCGUAUGGACCCGAAGAUAUUCCGACCACCUACCGAUCCGGACGUGCCGGCUUUGCUGCCCUGGUCAAGGGGUCACCGGCUGUUUCCGUAUGAAUGGCAGCGAGGGGGUUAUAUGCCGGUUGAUGUGGUCGCUGCUGCUGUGGUUGCGACAGGGUAUAAGGGUCCCAUGUCGCUGGAAGUGUUUAAUAAUUCGUUGAAUCAACCGGGUGCCGGAGUUCCAUCGGCCCAUGCUCGUCGGGGAUUUACUGGCCUUCGGAAAUUGGCCGAUGCUAUUCCCCAGGUGCCGGCAUUUUGGGAGGAAAUGUGGCAGCAUGGCAGACACAAAUUUGGUGGUUCGGUUAUUUCUCCGCGGGUACAGCGUCUGUGAGUUUCUUCGGGUUGACAUUUGUCUAUAGUGUAGGUGCGAUAUAUCUACUAGUUCAACCCGGUCGCUACUGAAGAAGCAUAAGUUUGUUUAACUACA